AUGGCAAUGAUGAACUCUGAAUAUUACCAAAGUGGCGGGAAAGGGGCGUUAUUUUCCGGGAUCGCUCCAAAAAGUGCCUUCCACAGCGAUAGCCAACGUCGAGUCACUUUCGUAGAAAGUGAUAGUGAGACAAAAGACAACCAAUGCGAAGGUUCACACGGGAGCGAUAAGCACUACGAUAAGCCCUACCCUAGGCUCUCCACGAUGCCUUCCUAUCGUGAACCUGUAGAAGUGGUUAUAGAAAUGGAACAUAUAUCACAAGAGAUCUGA